AUGCAGGUUACUUCUAUGCUCGCUCUCCUCUUCACCGUCGCUACUGGCGCUCUUGCAGCUCCCGGCCACGGAGCUCCUCCUCCUCCCCAUGUUCCUCCUCCUCCCCCUCCUCCUCCCACCAACCAAAACACCAACACCAACAACAACUGGCAAUCCAAUAGCUGUGGCAACGGCGCUUCGCCUUACUGCUGCAGUGCUACAGCUGAUGGCCUGGGCGAGAACUACUGGAAGUGCUCUGAUCUCAAUGAUGUGUGCAACGACGUUAUUGUUUGCUGCAACAACAAUAGCAACAACAACAACCAGCAGGGAAAGCAAAACAACAUCGACACCGGCAACCAGUCUUGCAGUGCCUUCGGACAACAGAAGGUCAUCUACCUCUAA